AGGAACGUCAGCACGUAGACGCGGGGUUUUGUCUGGUCAGGUCCAGCUAACCCGGCUCCGGUGUGCCUCUGGUACCGUUGUCCCUUGGGGAGAAGGGUUGUCGUUACCCGCUCGCGGGCGGACCCAGUUAGCGGGACUUGGUGCUCUCACCGGUUGCCUCCCACCCAGUUUGUCCUCGGGGCCUAUCCGUCUCCGGAGACUCCCCGUUGAGGCGAGGGCCCCUGGUAUCGGUCCGCGAAAGCUAGGGGCCCAUCCUCUCUAGGAGUUCGGAUGGGAGGUGGCUGGAGGAGCUACCUGGGAUGUUCUGUCUGAUGGCCAAUUGCUGCAGUUGGUUCAAGCGGUGGCGGGAGCCUGUCAGAAAGGUGACUCUUGUGAUGGUGGGACUUGAUAAUGCUGGCAAAACAGCAACAGCAAAAGGAAUCCAAGGAGAACACCCUGAAGAUGUAGCUCCUACUGUUGGAUUUUCUAAAAUUGACCUUAGACAAGGAAAGUUUGAAGUCACCAUCUUUGACUUGGGAGGUGGCAAAAGAAUUCGGGGAAUUUGGAAGAAUUACUAUGCUGAAUCCUAUGGGGUAAUAUUCGUUGUGGAUUCCAGUGAUGAAGAGAGAAUGGAAGAGACAAAAGAGACAAUGUCAGAAGUGUUAAGACAUCCUAGGAUAUCUGGAAAGCCUGUAUUGGUGUUGGCAAAUAAACAAGACAAGGAAGGGGCUUUAGGAGAAGCUGAUGUGAUUGAAUGUCUCUCUCUGGAAAAACUGGUCAAUGAGCACAAAUGCCUUUGUCAGAUAGAACCUUGUUCAGCAGUCUUGGGAUAUGGAAAGAAAAUUGACAAGUCCAUUAAAAAAGGCCUUUAUUGGCUACUACAUAACAUUGCAAGAGACUUUGAUACCUUAAAUGAACGCAUCCAAAAAGACACAACAGAACAACGAGCUCUUGAGGAACAAGAGAAACGAGAAAGGGCUGAGCGAGUGCGAAAAUUACGAGAAGAAAGAGAACAAAGAGAACGAGAGCAAUCUGAUGGAACCAGUGGUCUGGCUGAGUUGGAACCAGAACCAGUUACUGUUAACCCUUUCCAGCCAAUAGCAUCUGUAAUUAUUGAGAAUGAAAAAAAACUUGAAAAAGAGAAAAAGAAGCAAACGAUGGAGAAAGAGAGUGAUGGUUGCCCCCUGAAACAUAAAAUGGAGCAUGAGCAAAUACAAACAGAAAACCAGACUGGUGACAGUAGCCAAAAACACAGUGAACUUGAAAUAGUAGAAAAUUAUAAGGAGGCAUUAACACAGCAAUUGGAGAAUGAAGAUGAGACAGAUCAUCGAUCAUCAGAAUCAGAUAACAGUAAAAAGAGAACUAAGAAACUGAGAAUGAAAAGGAGUCACCGGGUAGAACCAGUUAAUACCGAUGACUGUGCUCCUAAGAGUCCAACACCACCUCCCCCUCCCCCUCCUGUUGGCUGGGGAACCCCCAAAGUCACUAGACUUCCAAAACUUGAGCCUCUUGGUGAAACACGUCAUAAUGAUUUCUAUGGGAAGCCGCUGCCUCCGUUAACUGUGCGACAGAGACCUAACGGUGAUGCUCAUGAUGUGAUCUCAUAACCAUGUCAUAUGGAUUGGUACUCUUACUCUCAGCAAAGUGAAAUGGACCUCUUCUCAGAAGAAAAAAAAAAUCCUUUGAGCAUUGAUGACUGGGGCAAUAAAAUCAUAAUGAUUUUAGUGAGGAGAUUAAUAGCCCAAGGACCUGAUCUGAUAAUUAACUUCUCCAUAUUCUUCAUGCAAAAUGACCAGUGGAUGGGAUGAACAACAUUUGGAGCAUGUUAACAAGAUUUAGUGUUGACUCCUUGGGUUUUAUAUCCUCACUCAUGGGCAAAUUCCUGAAGGAAAACUUCUUCAGAAAUAGAGCCAAUGGACUCUACAUACUUUAUUAUUUGUUUAAUAGUCCGUAUUUCUAUAUAUUAAACAUUUUUGUAAGAUACAUGGGCAUGGAAGGGAAACUCCUGGGAAUUUAUAAACUAAAUUUUUAACUUUUUGUAUUUUUCUAAAAUUUUUGUUUAAUUACUAUUAUCUUGAUUGUGCACUUUUCUACAGAUUUUUAAAAUUUGUUUGUGGAAGAUAAAAGUUAAAUUACUUGACAGACAUGAACUAUACAAACAAUAUAUUUAUAUGACUUAAAUUUUUGUAAUAGCAUUUUUCUAGCCUAUAAAUCCUAAUUUGACUUUAUUUUAAAAUAAUACCUACCUUUUUAAAAAGCAGAUAUCAAAUCUUUAUUCUACCAAAUUAUGUGAUUUGAAAGCAUUAUUCAACGAAAGUGUUCUAUUUUAUUGUUUUUGUGUUCUUUGAUGAUAAUCUCAAUAAAUGAGACAUAAAAUAUCUUUAUUAACCUAUUUUUUUAAGUAAUAAAAAUGUUCUAUGAGAUAUUAUUAAAAGUCCCAAGAAAACCCUGUUUUAAAGGUCAGGACACUUUCAGAGAUCAAGGUGUGAUCCCUGUUAGGACUGUUCUGUCAGAAGCCACAUGAAUCUUUUAGGGUAUUACAAUUCUUUCAUCCCUUGAAAUUAGAGGCAAAAAACUGAAAGAAGCUACUGUAGUUACAGAGACUUAUAUUUAACAACAAAUAACUUGGGUGUUAAAGCAAUACAAAUUAAAAUGUUGGCUCAAAUACUAUUGUAAAGAAAUGAUUCCAAAAUAUUUCUCAAUUUAAAAUUUACUUCUCUUGCACUCAUAGGAUUCUGUCUGUCAUUUAGACAAACUGUUAGAUAUGUAUUUUCAGUAAAGGAGUCCUAAUUUUCACUUAACUGAAAGCAUGCCUUUAUAUUAAGGUGAAAAUAACAUAAAUAAUAAUUUCAAUACAACCUAGUUAAGACUAUUGGGUUUGGUACCUGUACUGACAACAGACAUAUACUGGUAUCUAAUAACAACAUAAAUAAGUAUGCCUAAGUCAGUUUAAUAUAACUAUUUACUUUAAGAAUUUUGCUUUGAAGCAUCACAUUUUAUUCACAUUUUUAACUUCACUGAACUUUUAUUAUGGUCACUUAUUAAUCAGAAUGCAUCAGCAUGGCACAGAUUCUUGGAGUUGGUACAUGGAUCUACCUAGCACCUGAAUAAGAAAAAAGCAUUCUACUUCAGAUAUAAAAUUCAUAACAAUCUGAAUUUGAUAGGUGACUAAAAUAUGAGGAAAAGCAUCACAGUAAGACAGCAUGUAAAUUUUGAAAUUAAUUUUAUAGGAAAAAAUUGCUUACAUUUUUGUUCCUUUUGUAACAUUUACUUUUAUUCAUUUUUAAAGCUAAACUCAAACUUUUGCUAUAUUUUUAAUAUUCAUUUAUUUGAGAGUAAAGAUAGAUUUUUAAAAUUUUUAUCCUACCAAUGUUUACUGGUAGAAUACAGUAAUUGCUGACUCCAUUUUGUAAAACUAAAAAUGAUUUUAAGAUUAAAGUAGCAUAAAAUGGAAUUAAUAUUUCAUAUAGCUCCUUCAAAAGUUAGUUUUCUUAAAGCAUUCUAAAAUACUUUAAAAGAUGUUUUGUAAAUCCAGGUGGAUUUUAAUAAUUAAAUGCUAUUUUGUUAUAUGCUGCAUUUUUAUUCUUAAAUCACCAUUAAUUAUGACAUUUUCACCCAAUAAAAUUAAUUUAUAUUCUGUUUUCUCUUGAUUUUGGUGAAUAUAAGUGAUUUUUUUGGAUAAUAAAAUAAGUAAAUGUUUUUCAAAUAUGAUUAUUGAAAAAGUUUAAAUCAGUAGAUUAAAAUAAUGGACUUUGUUAUUUUACACGAAAACAUUUUUCUCUACAAGUUUUUAUAUAUUUGAGAUCUAAUGUUAUUUUUAAAAGCAGCUAAAUAAAGAAUCAAAGCACCGUAUGAUUCUAGAUUAUUCAGUGUCUUUGGUUCCAGCUACUAGCCCACAGAUAUAAUUUUACUUAUUUAAAAUAAUUCCAUGUGCUUUUCUUGGAAAUUCCAUAUGUAUAUGGAAUAUUUUAUAUUACAUAUAAUUGAUGCCAAGUGUCAAGCUAUGGAUAGAAACUGCAUUAGAGAAACAAUGUUGCUAAAACAAAGUAGUGAAGUAAUUUUUUAGAGUUAUUGGUAGAAUGUUUUCCUUAAACUUUUUAAUGAUUUUGGUAAUUUUAUUUUUAUAAUGGAAGCAAAUUUAUAAUUUUGUAUAAAUUAUUUAACUGCCAUGUUUUCUUCUAGUUGAAAAUCAAAUGCUCUUUUAAACAACAAAUGAAAUUCCAGAAUUUACUUAAUAUGUUAAAUUCCUUGCACAUAGCCUAGAAAAGAUCACCUGUUUAAAACACCUUUAUAUUUGCAGCUGCUUUUACUAAAUGUUCCCUUACUAUGACAACAUUUUGAUUUGGUACUAUUUGAUAUGCCACGCUACUCAUGGUAUACUCAUUCCAAUUAAAUCCAUGAUUCCAGGUGGCAAAAUCUUUUCAAAAGUAAAACUGCUUUUAUAAAUAAAUAUGUACAUUAUAAAUUUUA